AUGGAUUCAAAAAUUUUACAGGAAGAGCCACACCCUUGGGAUUCAUUAGCUCUUGGAGUUGAAGAUGGUACUGUCCAUUUGACAGCAUCCAGCGAAUUCAAUAAUGAUUUGAGGGCUGAUCGAGGACGGCUUAACACAGUAGCAGGAGGCUCUGGAGGCUGGGCAGCAGCAACUAAUAACCUAAAUCAGUGGAUUCAAGCCGAUCUUGGUGCUAUAAAAGGUGUGAUUGGAGUAAUAACACAGGGGCGCAGUGAAGAUGUUCAAUGGGUCACAUCAUACAAAGUAAAUUACAGUACCGAUGGUAGCAACUACUUACCAGUAUUGGGAUCGAGUGGCCAAGUUGAGAAUUUCAGUGCAAACUCUGAUUCUAACAGCGAGGUGAAAAACAUAUUCAACUCUGUUGUCUACGCUCAAUUCAUCCGUAUCAAUCCAAUUACCUGGCAAAAGCACAUCAGUUUAAGAUUCGAGCUUCUGGGCACAGGUUACAAACUCAUUCAUUAUGAUAGGCCAAACAAGAAAGGUGGUGGUAUUGCACUUUAUUGUCGUGAGUCGGACAAAGAUGUCAAUGAGUAG